AAUCUAUGAACAUCCUGCGACCGUUCGAGUAUCGAUACCCCACUUAAUGAUAAAAUUAUGCCAGUAGGUGAUCCACUGACUGUUUCGAGCAAUCUAUACAAAGGUUAUUUUACACACUCUAUCGUGUAGCUUAACGCAGGCACAUAUACAUCGUGAUGGAAUACUGCGACGCCGGUGAUUUAUCCAGUUUCAUCAAGAAGAAGCACAAGCUACCCGAACAAAUAUGCCGGAGAUUCCUGCAACAGCUCGCGCUCGCUUUAAAGUACAUGCGUGAUAACAAUGUCUCCCACAUGGACUUAAAACCGCAAAACUUGCUGCUAAUUAGAAAGCCCCAUUUGAUACUAAAAGUCGGAGAUUUCGGUUUCGCGCAGUACCUCUCGAAUUCGGAGCAAAAAUUUACGAUUCGGGGAUCCCCCCUUUACAUGGCGCCUGAGAUUUUAUUGAAACGCAAGUACGACGCCCGCGUCGACCUUUGGAGCGUCGGUGUGAUCAUGUACGAAUGCCUUUUCGGAAAAGCUCCGUACUGUAGCAGCAGUUUUCAAGAACUGGCAGACAAAAUCAAGGACUGCCGACCUAUAGAGUUACCGAGAGGAUCGCACGUGUCGCGCGAGUGCCGGAAUUUAUUGACGUCCUUGUUGAAGCACGACCCUGACGAGAGGAUAUCGUUCAAUGAUUUUUUUGCCCACGAUUUUCUGGAUCUGGCUCACGCGCCAACCAAGGAAAAUUAUGACAAGGCGGCGGAGUUAGUGCAGAAGGCUGUGAAAAUGGACGCGGAAAACAAUCCUAAAGAAGCGUUUCACCUUUACUGCGAGGCUCUUACAUACUUCAUUCCGAUACUCACAAGUGAGACCGACUUUAAACGGAAAGAGAUUUUGAGGUCACACGUAAAUAGUUACAUUAAGAGAGCGGAGGUAUUGAAAGGAUCAUGUUCAGAUGCUAGUAACGAGAAAGAUAAAUGUUUACGGUUAGGGGACAAAGGAAAUUCUUCGUCGGUCCACAGAAUACCAUCUUUGAACCAAACAUCUUCGUUUGUGUAUCACGAGCUACGAACUCUUAGCAAAACCACAACCAAUAUGGCGGAUGCGCUAGAAAUAGGAGAAGCUGCCGAACAAUAUCUUACGGAAGGGAAUUAUGGGCUCGCGUUAGAAAAGUUUCAAUCUUGUUUAGGACUGCUGUUGCCUUUGUUGGGUAAAGAACCUGCGGGUCGAAGGAGAGACUUGUUAUAUAAACAGUUUCAGCUUUGGAUGAAAAAAGCCGAAAGCACCAAAGGCCUUUUACAAGCUACGAAAAAUAUGGAAGAAGUACAGCGUGGUUCCGAUUUGUCCGAAUGCGCACUGCAAUAAUUUUGCAUUAUCACGUUCAAUGCAGAUUAUUAUUUCCACUGAAAUUGUUUAUUUAAAUUUUGUAAAUUAAAUAGAAACCAUACGCGUUACUUUGCAUUGAUGUAUGUAAAUAAAAUGUGCAUAUUAAUUUAUGGAGAAAUAAACCACUUUGUAUUACAUUUUUCAAUAUAAAUUGUAUUACUUUAUAAACGAUA